AUGGCGCGGGAUCGCUUGUCCUCUCCUAGCGAGACGCAGUCGGCAGUAGUAAUUGAAGAAAACGGGAUGGACGAGCUAAGGAAGGACUACAGUUAUACCUCUUCGACAGAGAUCACUCGAGAGAAGUCCCUCACUUCCAUUCGCAGCGAUGUUGAACGCGUGGGACCGGAGCCUCUGGUGGCCAACAUGGAGGAAAUGGCACUCAAAGCACUCCAUGUUGAUGACGACCCUACACUGAACCCCUGGACGUUCAGAGUUUUCUUUCUCGGUAUUGGGCUGUCUGCCUUUGGUUCAGCGCUAGGGACCAUCUUUUUAUUCAAGCCCCAGAGUGUGUCUGUGUCGAUAAUUUUCCUCACGGUCAUAUCCUAUGUUGGAGGAGUUGCUCUCGAGGCCAUCGUUCCCCAGAAGGGGUUCAUUGGCAGAUGGUUUAACCCCCAUGCGUUCAACUCUAAGGAGCACCUUGCCAUUGUAAUCAUGUCGAGCAGUGCAAGUGGGGCGGCCUAUGCGACAGAAGUUCUGGCAGCGCAAAAGCUUUAUUGCAACGAGGGGCUUGGGCUCCUGUCACUAUGUUUCGACUGGCAGUACGUUGGCACAUCAUGCUUCUACCUGCCACUCCAGACUCUCACCAACGGCUUCAUUGGGUACAUAGGCUGCAUCGGCCUAUUCCUCGGGAUGUACUAUGGCAAUGUCUGGAGCGCAAUCAAGUUCCCUUUUCUAUCCCAACAGCUUUUUUCGACCAACUCGACCUCGACCCUUUUUGAGAUAUACAACCAGUCCGCGAUCCUGGACUCAAAUUUCGAGCUGGAUAGGAACGCAUUGGAAGCACAGGGCUUACCGUUCUUCUCCGCUACGAAUGGGGCUUAUCUGCUGACCACAAACCUGGGCAUCACCGCAACUAUAACUCAUAUCAUAUUAUGGAACCGUGAUGCGGUCCGCAGCGCCUUUGAUUUCGAUUUCAAGUCCACUUUGACUUACAUCAAACGCCCAAGCCUCCUAUGGCAAAGGAAAUCCGCACCGGUUUCUGAAACAGGACUUGAUCCUCACUACCGCUUGAUGCUUGUGUACAAAGAAGUACCUGCUUGGUGGUAUAUCCUCAUCCUCCUCGUGUCCACGACUACAGGCAUUGCCUGUAUCUACGUUCUCGGAUCGACGCUCCCAUGGUGGGGUUUUAUCAUUGCCGUAACUCUUUCGUUCCUCGGCACACUGUUCUUUGGCGCAAUGUCAGGUCUUCUCGGAUUCCAGGUGCCGAUCACAUCGCUUAUUCAACUCAUCGGGGGAUAUCUGCACCCUGGAAAGCCCGUGGCCAAUAUGUUCUUCGUGUUAUUUGGGGCAAAUGCCCAGGCUCAGGCUUUGGGGCUGGUUGGAAGCCUCAAGCUUGGACAGUACGGAAAGUUGAGCCCGAGGUGCACUUUCACUAUGCAAAUCAUCGGCACAUUGUUUGGUGCUGUGAUCAAUUAUAUCCUUAUGACCAUCAUUACAGAGAACCAACGAGAAAUCCUUCUGUCCAUACAAGGGACAAACAUCUGGUCAGGCCAGGUGAUACAAUCUUUCAACUCCAACGCAAUUGCAUUUGGAGCUCUUUCUGAGUUCAUGUUCUCCAUCGGGCGUACCUACACGUGGAUUGUCCUCGCACUGCCUCUUGGCUUCGUUUUCCCAUUGCCUUUCUAUUUCCUGCAUCGUCGUUUCCCGACAUUUGGCUUUGACUAUUUCGUCACGCCGGUGCUAUUGUGGUAUCUCGGUUACCUUUCCGUGGGCAUAAACUCGUCCGUUGGCAUCUAUUUUGCCAUUGGCUUCUUUGUUCAGUUCUGGCUCCGGAAGAAGCAUCCCGAGUGGUUCAUCAAAUACAACUACUUGCUGGCUGCAGCAAUCAGCGGCGGCACCGAAAUGCUGGUAUUCAUCUCUACUUUCGCCUUGCAGGGUGGCAGUGGAAAGGCUGUUCAGUUCCCUGCCUACUGGGGAAACAAUUUCCAGUCAGGCAACCCUGACUAUUGUGCUCUGAACCCGGCCUUAGGCGGAUGA